ACAUUGUGUCUCCAAAUGCUAAAUGUCUCCCAUGUGCAAAGCUCUUCUGGCAUCUGAGGCUGCCAUGAGUCUGCAGGUUCAGAUUACCAGUGGUAUGUGGGAUCACUUGCAUUACAUCUACUCUCUUCCCUCCCAAAGAUCGAUAUUCUGAAGGCUCUGGGUGUUCAGAUUGUGAGGACCCCAUGUGCGCGCUUUGAUGCCCCAGAGUCUAACAUUCGUGUUGCCUGGAAGUUGAAAAGUGAAAUCCCAAACUCUCACAUCCUGGACCAGUACCGAAAUCCAAGCAACCCCCUGGCUCAUUACGACACCACAGCUGAGGAGAUCCUGGAGCAGUGUGAAGGCAAGGUCCACAUGGUGGUGAUGGGGUCUGGCACAGGAGGCACCAUCACUGGUGUUGCCAGGAAGCUGAAGGAGAAGUGCCCGGAGUGCAAGAUCAUUGGUGUAGAUCCUGAUGGCUCCAUCGUUGCUCUGCCCAGUGAGUUGAACAGGACGAACACGACAAACAUCGAGGUGGAGGGCAUUGGGCAUGACUUUAUCCCUACUGUCCUUGACAGAUCAGUGGUUGAUCAGUGGUAUAAAUGCAACGACAGAGACUCGUUCCUCAUGUCUCGCAGGCUGAUCAGAGAUGAGGGAUUAUUGUGUGGCGGCAGCUCGGGUAGUGCCAUGUCCGUCGCUGUGCGGGCUGCCAAGGACCUGAAGGAAGGUCAGCGCUGCGUCGUCAUCCUGCCCGACUCUGUUAGGAACUACAUGUCCAAAUUUUUGAAUGAUAAGUGGAUGACAAAAAACGGUUUCCUAAAUGAGGUCCAGGAGCACAAGCCUUGGUGGUGGAACAUCAAGGUGCAGAAACUGAAUCUCUCAGCCCCUCUCAUUCUGCUCCCAGAAGUCAGCUGUCAAAAGGCAAUUGAGAUCCUUCAGGAGAAGGAAUAUGACCAAGCUCCUGUUGUUGCUGAAUCAGGACUUAUUUUGGGAAUGGUGACCCUGAGCAACACCCUCACCUCGGUGCUGAGUGGAAACGCACAGUUCUCAGACCCUGUUACGAAGGUCAUCUAUGACCAGUUCUCAAAGAUUGGCCUGGAGGACAACCUUGGGAAGCUUUCCUGCAUCCUGGAAAAUGACCAUUUUGCUAUUGUUGUAUAUGAGCAAAUCCAGUUCAAUGGAAAUGGCAGUUCCUUCACGAAGCAGAUGGUGUUUGGUGUGGUCACAGCGAUGGACCUCCUCACCUUCAUCAGCCGAAACGAGAAGUAGCAGAGCAUGUUGGCUGCACCCCACUCUGCUCCUCUGGCAGGGCCAGGCAUGCCGCCCCAAGCCCGAGACACCCGGCUGAGGGUGCUUGCUGGUCUCACGCAGCUGAUUGUUUCUCAAAAUGACUAGGUGAAAAUUGUAAUGUAGUAACUAUUUGUCUGCUAAAUGCCACCCAGAAUGUCACUAAAGAGAAGAUAACUAAAGAAAUUGCCGUGUGUUGUUACAU